AUGCCCUCCCCCACCACAGCUCCUACAGGCCAGGCCCAAACCUCAAAACCGAAACUAAUAACCAAUCCCUUACGCCUCCUCAUCCUCACACCUUCAGAUCAAUCAAAUACAACGAUUCCGGCGCUUCUACAAUCCCUGACCGGCGUCCCCGUCACACCACCACCAGCCUCAUCAUCGACGGCGGAUAAUGGAACGGAAAUCCAGACAUUCGCCGGCUACACAACUCACGCGCCCUUACCAAUAUCGAAUAAAUAUUACGCCGCCGACGUGCCGAUUUGGGUUGACGAGAUUCCCACCUCACCAUCACCCGAUUCACCAAGCGCUACCCCUAAUACAGGGGAGGAGGAUAUAGAAACCACCCCGCAAUGGAAGACGACCUUUUUAUCGCCCGAAGCGCGCGAAGUUCGUGACGCAAUCGGCGCCAUAGUCCUAUGUGUCCGAAAUCCGUCGUUGUCGAUUAGUAAAGCUGUGCCGAGAGAAGCGCUUGAGCUUGCUACCGCUGCUACUACUAGUACUACGACGGCCGGUUCGUCGUUGACGCUACAAUCGGCUAUUGAGCAGGAUGGCAUGGAUGCAGGAGACAGACAGGAUGUGCGCACAAUAAAAGAGUUGGUGGGGGUUGUGAGUGAGCUCAAGGCUAAGAUUGAGGAGGAGAGGAACUGUGGUGAGGAGGAUGAACAAGAAAGUGAUGUGGUAGGAGGGGCGGAGGUGCCGGGUAUACUAGUUCUGGUUGAUGAGCAUUCCUCUUCGUCGUCUGCUUCUAAGAAGAAGGAAUAUAGUAGCGAUAAGGAGGAGGAGGAAGGUCUUGAGGCGGAGGAACCGUUUUCGUCGCCCUGGUGGGAAGAGCUACUUUAUGAGCAGGGUGUAUUUGGUAUGGAGGUUAUACGAUGGACUCCAUCCUCGUCAUCAGGCGCAAAUAUGGAUGUGCCAGAAACGAGGAAUAUAUAUGGCGAAUUAGAAGGCCUUCCGCGUCUCAAGGAGGUUCUGUCUACCCAUGAAUGGACAGCCGCUUCCUCUACAGAUAACGAUGACGGUGACGACGACGACGAAGAUGAUAUAAUGUCCUUCCUCAACGGCGGGACCAGACGCGAUGAAAGCACCGGAUUCAGGUUUGAGGUCAAUCAAUUAGAGCGUGAAAUGAUGGGAUUGCGAUUCGCUAUCAACGGAGGCGAUGACGAGGAUGAUAACGAUGGCAACGACGAAGAGGAAGAUACGGAGCUGCAAGUUGAGAAUCUGGAGGCAUUGAUGAUGCGUAUGAGGGCUAUCAAAGGUUUGUUUCGUUCCAAGUACACGUGUAAGAAUGGUCAAGCUGAUUUUGUUGAGGUAGACAUGUCGUCGGAUUUACCAGAGAGUAAACGCAAGGCCUUUGCGGCCAAGGCUGUGAAAGACAUUAUGCGAGAGUUUUAA